AUUAAAUAUGAAAUUUGCAAAUCUAGAUUUAGUAUUUUUCCAAAACGUGGAAAUUUAUUUAUCUCCUGAUAAAUUUUAUCUCAAAAUUUAUACCUGUGAUAAGAACCAUAGCAACUUUUGUGCAAUCACUCGCUUUCUCUUUUUUCCAUGGCUGUGAUUUAUUUGUGUCCCGCUCAUAAACAGUUAUUAUGCUCAUGGGAGGGUUAUGCAAGCGAUAUAAAACACCAUUUUGAAAAGGAACAUAGCAAUCUCUUAUCUUAUACCAACUUUGUCGAUAUUGAUCUUGCACUACUGCCAGAGAAUAAGUUGCUCUUUCUCGAUGGUGAAAUAUACUUGAUGCAAAAUAGUAUAAACGAUAAGAGACGACUUGUAAUAAGGUUGCGAUAUCUCGGCUCAAAUGAGGUGGCUUCAAAACUACACUUUAACAUCACAAUCACUGUUAAUCAAAUUUUAUACAAAUACGACCCAUCGCGAUAUUUUUCCUGCAUCACUCCUGGACCAGAUGGGUGGGAAAUAAACCUGCAAAGUCUCGAAACAUUCCAUCAAGAGUUAAACCCAAUCAAAUGUUGUGUGGAAAUUGAAGAAAACAACAACAACAAGCCCAUCGAGAGAAAAUUCUCGGACGUUUCCUUGAAAAUCAACAAUAAAUUCAUCGAGAAGAAUGCAGUUGAUGAAACUGAAGCAAAUCUUCUCGAAGCCAUCAGUCGCAUUGACAAUAAAAUCAGCAUUUUGAGGUCGAAUCGGUCCAGUGACGAUUUCAUGGACAAAAUCAGUCAAUUGAAUUUUUCUAUUUUGGAAGAACCGUUCAAAGAAACUGAAGAUUUGAAGAGUGAUUAUUCGGAGUUGUUACCCAACAUUCCUGAAGAAAUAAACUUGGCUUGUUCUUCGUGCUCACUUGAUAUGUUACCACCGAUUUAUUUGUGUAUAAACGGCCAUAAUGUGUGCAGUUUUUGCAAAAGUAGUCCGUGUAAAAUCUGCUCUGAAGUCGUCACAAUUGAACGAAACAUCGAUUUGGAAAAUAUCAGUCGGACACAUUUACAUCAAUGUCGGUAUUUUUCCGACGGUUGCAGCGAAAGAUUACUCUACAAUGAAGUUCGAGGACACGAAUUCAAAUGCAAAUUUUGCAAAUAUAAAUGUUUUAUUUGUCCCUAUAUGGGACGAUUCGAUCAUUUUCACAACCAUUUGAAAGUCGUUCAUAGCAGUAUUAAAGUUGUGGAAUCGACAAGAUGCAAUUUUCCCAAAAAUACAAACAUGUUUCUACUGAAUAAAUCGAUUGGAAUUUUCUAUUGUCAGUCGGAAACGGAUAAUAAUUGUAUAAUUUGGAGAGCUACUUUUUGUGGGCCUAAAGAAAGACAAUUCUUUUGUGAAAUUACUUUCAAAGGAAGUAAAUAUAAAGAUGCGAUUUUUUUGAAGAGGCAAGGGAAUGUCUACGAAUUUAGGAAAUCGAUUGAUGAGCUCAAGAAAAUGAAAGCCAAAGAGAAAUAUGCCGCGCUAACAAUUAUGACCUAUGAGUGAUCAUUUAUUGUGCCAUUCCUUUGUUACAAAUAAAUCUCUAUUUAUUUCA